CGAACUCGCCUAAAUUAAACCUUUCAGGAGCUUGUUCCCAGUCUCGAUUCUAGAACUACUUUAUACGCUUUGGAAAUCAGAGAUCUAUAAUUACGCUAUGGAAACUGAUACGGCAGCUGAAUCAGCAGAGGCUCCGGUGGCAGCCGCGGUGGCAGCCGCGGUGGCAGCCGCGGUGGAGGCACCUUCCAAUCAGCCGCAUAAGUUGGAGAGGAAAUGGACUCUGUGGUUUGACAAUCAGUCGAAGCCUAAGCCAGGUGCUGCCUGGGGCAGCUCUAUGCGCAAAAUCUACACUUUCGACACUGUCGAAGAAUUCUGGUGCUUGUAUGAUCAGAUAAUAAAGCCUAGCCAAGUACCUCUCAAUGCAGACUUUCACUUGUUCAAGGCUGGUAUUGAGCCCAAAUGGGAAGAUCCUGAGUGUGCAAAUGGAGGCAAGUGGACGGUCAUCAUCAGUAGAAAGCCAAAUCUGGAUACCAUGUGGCUUGAAACUUUGAUGGCAUUGAUUGGUGAGAGAUUUGAUGAAACAGAGGAGAUAUGUGGUGUGGUUGCCAGUGUGCGUCAGCGGCAGGACAGACUUUCUUUGUGGACCAAAAAUGCAGCCAAUGAAGCAGCCCAGAUGGGCAUUGGUAGGAAAUGGAAAGAGUUGCUUGACGUAACUGAGAAGAUAUCUUAUAGUUUCCAUGACGAUUCUAAAAGUAGAUCAGCCAAAAGCCGUUACAGCGUGUGAACAUGGAAGAGCACGUGCACUCGUAGCUUUCACUUUAUAGUCACUUGUCAAAAGUUUUGACUUACAGUUUGUCUAUGUGACAUUGAUCUUGCUUUCAUCUAUGAUUACGUCAUUUUGAGACUCUGGUUUGCGGGUUUCAGUGUUAUGCUAAUUCCAAUCAUGCUGUUCUGCUUUCACAAUGCAAAGUAGCCAUUACCUUUUUGUCCAUGCAUAUAGCAGCUUCU